GCGCAUGCGGUGCGAUCAGCAUCAAGACCACUGGUGAUGUCCAGGCGAAGGCGCUGUGCCAUUGCGCAGACUGCAAGAAAAUGACUGGAUCGACAUACUCGACCAACAUCAUCGUUCCUGGUGUCGAAGUGACCAAAGGCACUCCAAAGACAUGGACCAAGACCGCAGAUAGCGGCAACCCCAUUACAUCCCACCUCUGCGGCGAGUGUGGUACGACCCUCUUCCGCUCGGGCACCACGUUUGGAGGUGCCAAGGUCGUCAAGGCUGGAGUUUUGGACGGAAAUGCUCUCGAGGAGGCCUCGCCAGCGGUGGAGCUUUACGCAAAGGCGAGGACCAGCUGGGUGCCAACUAUCAGCGGCGCUGGACAGAAGAUUGGCAUGCCGGAUAGUGCUGAUGCAUAGAUAUGGCUGUUGCCGUUUGUGUCGCUCAAGGAAAAGAAGAAGAUCGCAAGCAGCUAUGAGUGGAAUAUAGCAAGAUCCAAUGAUACCCCGUCAUAAGUGGUUGCAAAAUAUUCUGAUUGGCCGUCCCAGUGCUGAUGAGGUGUGCGAGAAUGUUCGAUGUUCGUGAAGGAGGCGAGACCGAAACAUUAGGAACCUGGGAGAUCGGAUUGCAGCCAGGAAGUACCUAUCAGUGGCCUAUGCCGUAGGCGGCAGGUGCUCUUAUACCUCCUAAGCUGAUGGAGUAUUCGGCAAAUUUACUCUUCAGCAAAAGGCUAGCGUUGUUACAUACAUAUCGCCUAGGAGCAUCUCGGCGCCGACCAUGACACUAGUCAUUACAAUGAGUGUGCUUCACUCUCUGCGGUGUUCGGUAUGGUGAACGCUGAUGUUGUCCGGCAUUCC